CACGAGGACCUGAGUUUAGUUCCAGGGAACAGAAGCCAGGUGAUACUGAAAAUGUCUAACUUCGGUUCUCUUAUUUUGGAGGACCCCUAGGGCUUGUUAGUUAGGCAGCAUAGCCUACUUGGAGAGCUACAGGCCAGUGACAGUUCUUGUUUCAAACCUACAACAAAAGGUGAAUGAUGCCUGGGAAAUGACACUCAGGGUUGGUGCAUUUGCAUCUAUGUACACAAGGUGUGUGUGUGUGCACGUGUGUGUGCAUGUGAGUGUGCGCAUGUGUGCGUCUGUGUGUAGAGACUGAUUGAUUAGAACCUGUUCAUAUAGGAGCUUAGUGUAGACCUAGCACGGUGUAUUGUGUGACUGGAAAUUAAGCCAGAACUUUGUGCAUGCUAGGCAGGUACUUGACAACUGAGCUAUCUCCCUAGCUUUGGGUUGAUGUUCUUACAUAAAAGGUGGUUGGCAGACUUCUUGAUUUAAAGACUUUUCUUGCUUUGUAAUUGCAACAAGUUAUAAGACAAAAAUAUUUCUCUUAACUGGACAUAGUGAUGCAUGUCUAUAAUCCUACCUGUCAGGGUCCUCCCCCAAAAGCAAUUAGUGAGGGAAAGUUGCACGUGAAUAAACUACAUACUGAUAUUACUAACUAAUUGUGUUCAGUUUACAUGUAUAAGGAGAUACCUUUAAUGUUUUAUAGAAACUAACAAAUUCAUUCAUUAUGUGCUGAUUUUUAUGGGUGUGAUUGGUUUCAGUAGACAGAUGGGAAGAUAUAUUUUGAGUAGCCUUGUUUGUGGUAUGGAAUAUGCUUAUGCUAAUAAUUGAAUCUUAAAUCAUUAAUGUUUCCAUGCAGGCCUAUUGAAGUGAAUAUUUUAAUAUUCUUGGAAGUUAAGACAAUUUCUAAGUAGGAAUUGAGUUGUUCAGUCAGCAUAGAGGAAUAAUCAAGAGGGCAGGAGGAGGGUCCUCAUUUGCUCUGCUGUGGUGAACUGACAGUGUUCGACCUUUCAGUUAACACACUGAGUUUUUAUAAAAAAGCAGAUAAAGGGUUAGAAAAUGCCUCAGUGGGUAAGGUUGCUUUUGCAAAGCCUGACCCAAGUUCGACCCUCAGAACCCACAAGACGGAAGGAGAAAACUGGUUCCUGCAAGUUGUCUUCUAACCUGUCCAUGCAAAUGUGUGCUCUCACACACUCCCAUAGUAAAUGUAAUAAAAUAGUUACAUUCUGUGAAGCCAGAGAACCAAUCUGUCACAAACUGUCACCAUUAGUUAACUAAUAUCACAUACUUUUAGAGACCAUACCCUGGUCUCAGUGCCUUACAGUUACUCAGUCUUGGCUUCCUAAUGAUUGUGUCAGAGGAUCUUGGAACACAAAACCCUUUUAACCGUGCUUUCUCACUGAAAGUCAAAGUUGGAAAAGUAAUUUACUAAAGUUUGUAUAGUUCUAAGUUGUCAUUAUCUGAAUCCAUUGGAAAUGAAAACUGACAGUGAACAUAGUUUAACUGUUAAGUAUGAUUAAGAUAUGAAAAUAUUGAUGUCUUUGUUUAUGAUAAAUACUAAAUUUAAGCUAAGUUAUAAGGUGUGCGGUUUGGAAAUAUGGAAGAUACAAGAAUGAAGCCAGAUAACAAGUUUAUACUUGUAUUUUCUACUGAUGAAGACUUUCAGACAAGUUAUUCCCAUGGAUGGACCUCCAGUUGUAGCUCAUUAUGAUAUGUCUGACACCAGCUCUGACCCAGAAGUGAUAAAUGUGGACAAUUUAUUGGCGGCUGCAGUAGUUCAAGAGCACAGUAAUUCAGUAGGCGGCCAGAACACAGGAGCUACCUGGAGGACCAGCGAGCUUCUAGAGGCAGGUCAUUUGGAUCCAGGAUUCCUGGCAAGUGACAAGACAUCAGUUGGCAGUGCACCACUUAACGAAGAAAUUAAUAUCGCCUCUUCAGAUAGCGAAGUGGAGAUUGUGGGUGUUCAGGAGCACGCAAGGUGUGCUCACCCCCGAGGAGGCGUGAUCCAGAGUGUCUCUUCCUGGAAGCAUGGCUCUGGCCCGCAGUAUGUGGGCUCCCGGCCCGCACAGUCAUGGACUGCUGUGACCCCGCAGCAGACGUGGGCUUCGCCAGCAGAGGUCGUCGACCUUACCUUGGAUGAGGAUAGCAGACGCAAAUACCUACUGUAAUGCAGUGUCACUGUCCCUCUGCACUGUUCCUUCCAGCGCCUCUCUGUGACAUGGAAGUUCAUUUCCUAGCUUCAGCUUCCGAAGCUGUGUGUGGCAUUUGUGGGAUGGAAAUUCAUGGUAACUCCCCCUUUUAUUAAAAUAAUUCACUUAGGAAAAUAACUUAGCACAGAGAAAUAAUUUUUUCUUUUCCUCAACAAGAAAAUGAGAAUGGUGGAUUUUAUUAGGCAGCUUCAUUUUGCUCGGUGACCUACCUUAAAGUCACUCUCCAUUUAGAAUAAUAUUUUACUUACUAGGCAAAAUGGAUUUCAGGUUUUGAGUCUUAUAUUUAUUUUUCUGUAUAAUGAAUUUAAUAUCUAGCUGUGACCACUCUCUGUCUGCGUCACUGUCACCCCUGGUCUUGGGCAUUUGCACACUUAUCAGUCAGGACCUCAUUGGCACCUGGUAGGGCAUGUGCAUUUAGAAAACCCUUCCUUAGAUGUGGAAGACAGAAGUAUUAUAAAAUAUAUUUUUCCUUUAGCUUACUUCUUCUGCCUUCUUUCCUGACACAGCUCUUUGUCUGUUUGCCAUAACACAAAUAUUUGAAAUGCCCCCUUUUAUUUCCAAAUACUAUUAAGGGGACUCAGUUGGUCUCUUUGUUGCAAUAAUUCACAAUUGUUUGAGACUAUCUGGAUAUCUGAGGAGUGCAUUGAGAGAUCAGUGGGAAAUCUGUACCUCUCAACUUUUUUCUCCUGGUUUAUUCAAACAGUAAGCAGACAUGGAAACCUGUUCCUGGAGCAGGGCGACUGUAAAAGGCCGGGUGGCAUCCGGAUAUGUAGGCACUUGCAAAUCUGAGCGCACAGUGCCUUGUCUCAUGUCUGCUUGCUCCAUAGAGGGUGUGACCACUGUUUAACUGGACCCGGGCUGUGUUUGAGUAGUUUUCUUCUCUGCCUUCUAAAAAUAUGUAUACAAGAGAAAUCAAAAUAUACCAUAAGAAAUCAGAUGCAAAGCACAUUGAUAGUACUGUCUUAACAGUAUUUAAAACAAUUAGUAAAGGGUCAUAGAAACUUCAGGGACUUUAGGAAAUGCCAGCAGAGGAAUUUUGUGGCAUCACUUACUACCUUUUUUCCUAUAAUGUUGUAGUUACUAGUGAAGUACUUUUAAAAAGCAAUACCUAGAAUUAGAACACUAUGUGUUGUGCAGAGGGGGAGUGAAGUAAUAUUGGCUCAGAAGACAUCACAUGUUUCUGGUUUUGUUUUCAUGCGGUGUUGCUAUGUUCUUUGCCUUCCCUCCUCAAAUACCUUGGUGACAUCCUCAUUACAGGAUGAGACCCACCACUUUUAUUCAGUGCACACACAUUGACCAAGGACCUACUCUGUACAAAGCACUGUGCAGGGUGGAUGUUUGGAGGCCCUGAGAAGAAUGAGACACAGCCUGCCUGCAUGCUCCUGCAUGGGUCUGCCUGGCUCCAUCUGCCUGGCCUUUCUGUUUUCUUACAUGAAGACAGGUUUAUUCAUUAUUCUCCUGGUUGUUCAGUUCUUGUGUAGACUCCUUCUGUAGGGAUGCAUUUGAGCAUGUGCUCGAUGAUGUUGUCUGGCGUAAUCUCAUUUGACCUGCCCUCUGCUCACCACCUUCUCAUCUUUUCUUCAGUCUACUACUGUCCUGCUAACCAGGCUGUAAAGCCAUGAUCUCCAGUGUCAGUGCAUCAUUGCUCACUCUCCUAGAUAGAAACCAAAGACCCAGAGGCCAGAGCAAAACAGAGCUUCUGGAAACUCACUGCUGGGUUAUCUUUGCACUUUCACAUCUUGCUUUAGGAUUAAUUUAUUGAGUUUUACUGUUACACAUUUUUUUUUUUUACUUGAAUUAAAAUACUCAACAAAGCAGAAACAUAAUUUCUGGUCUGUGUUUUCCAGAAAAUCAUUGGUAAGAGAAUACAGUGGAGGGUAUGACUUGAAGUUUUUGCAGCUUAUAUCUAUCUCCCCGAAUGGCACAGCCCCAUUUUAAAGAAUGUUUUCGCAUUACUUAUUUUCAUGUUAAAAAUGUUCUGUUCAAGUCUACACAACAGAUAGUUUCCCUGACAUUUUCUUUAGUCUUUUUAGCCAUCCCCUUUCUUUGGGUGUGCUGCGGACUGGGUUAGAGGGGAGUUGCAGCCAGGCUCUUUUCUGGCCCUUUAUCUUAGGUUGCACACAGAUGCUCCUGGUAUCCGACCCUGACUACUUGAUUUGGUGCAUCAGAACGAGCGUUAGACAUUAAUAUGCAAGUGAAGGGAAGCUUGGGGCAGUCUGCUCUCUCUAGCAAGUAUGGAACUUUCCCACUUCCCAUCUCAUAACCAAUUAUGGGGGCAGUUGAACUCCUCCGUUAUUACUACAUCCAGGAGAGUGGAAAUGUGAUUUCUGGCAAGGUAUUAGUCAAAUUCUGUGACAUACAACUCUCAUACAUUGGAAAUUUCUUUAAAAGUAUUGUUUCCUAAUCAGACUUUUACAUUGGUACCAUGAGUUCUUUAUGCUUUGCCAAGACAUUGUUUGAGGGAUAUAGUGGGAUCAUAGAUUGGUUUAUGCCAUAAAUGUGAUUAAUUCCCUUCCCCUCCCCUCCAAUUUGAAGAACCAGAACCAGAACCAGAACCAGAAGCAGAAGCAGAAACCUGGCUGUUUGUCACUGGCGGUUCUAGUGCAGCUACAGAGCCGUGGUUCUCAACCUGUGGGUCACGGCCCCUUUAGGGGCGAACGACUCUUUCACGGGUUGCAGCGUCAGGAAGGUUGAGAACUAACUGUAGACUAACGGACGCCAUCAGUAUGAGAGAUCAGCCCUAGCAUGCGCUUGUCAGCACAGUUCCAAAGCAUGACCUGCCUGGUUUGCUAGUUCAGUCAUUUGUUCACCUACUGUUAGCAAAUUAGCACCACAAGGAAUUUAAGACAGAUGUUGCCUGCUUCUUUUGUACUGUGUCACGGGCUUGCAAAAGCCUGGGGCACAAUUUAGUCUUAGUUUUGACUUUUUUUUUUUUUUUUUUUUUUUUUUUUUGUUAAAGGCAAAGAGCCGAGCCCCAAUUCCUGUUUCCCUGUAUGUGUGUGAUGUGACUUCCAUGUGUAUAUAAAACUAUUGCACCCUAACCAAACUUCCUCAGACUGUGCACUGUUUGUUGAAAAUAAUCACGUAUUUUAGUUCAAUGCUGUUGUAUUUUUUCUUUUUAUUUAAAACACUACUUAUUCUCUAACAAAUUUCAAAGGGUAGUGAUCUAAAAAAAUCACUGGAAACUAGGAAAUGUUUCUGUUGUUGCUUUGUUCUUUAAAGAGUGCAAAGGUCACGGAAUCUUUUGCUCUUCUUACCUUGAACAUGAAUUGUCAGCCAUUGUGUGGCUAGGAACCAGUGCACUUGGCGUUCACAGAUCUGCUGUUGCUGGGACUGAGCGUGGACUUGAUGCAGUGACAACAAAUCACUGCGUAGACGGAAUGUUUUCCAAAUGUGCAACUCAAGUUUGUAAAAUGAAUUUGGUUCUUUACAUCAUUAUUUAGGUUUUGUUUCCAUUUAGUAUUUAAUGGUCUUUGGAGAAAAAAAAAACAGAGUGUUAUAUAUAUAUUUUUUGGUGCAAGAUAAGAUUUUGUUUUUUGAAAUAAGUCUGUAGCAUAAAGGUUAAACUAUUUUAAGAUAAAAUAAAAAUAGAGUGUAUUUAAACAGUGA